GAUUUGGGUUUCACUUUUCUUUCUAAAGUUUGAAAAUGUAUUUUAAGUAGUUUCUGUAGUUUUUAAAGAAACUCAGUUGAACCUUUUUGAAAUUAAAAGAUGAGUAACAUAUAUAUUCAGGAACCCCCCACGAGCGGAAAGGUUCUACUCCACACCACCGUGGGGGACAUAGAUGUGGAGUUGUGGUGCAAGGAGACCCCCAAGGCCUGCCGCAAUUUCAUCCAGCUCUGCAUGGAGAAGUACUACGACGGGACAAUCUUCCACAGGGUCAUCAAGGGGUUCAUCGCUCAGGGGGGAGACCCAGAGGGGGACGGAACCGGCGGGGAUUCCAUCUACGGACAGCCCUUCAAGGAUGAGUUCCACAGCCGUCUGCGCUUUGUUCGUCGUGGAUUGGUGGCCAUGGCCAAUUCGGGGAAAGACGACAACGGCAGCCAGUUCUUCUUCACCCUCGGAGCAACCCCCGAGCUCCAGAACAAGAACACCAUCUUCGGGAAGGUGACUGGUAACACUCUGUACAACAUGCUGAAGCUGGAGGAAGGGCUGGUGGACCAGGAUGACAGACCCCUCUACCCCCAGCGGAUCAUUUCCUGUGAGGUGCUGUUAAACCCUUUUACUGACAUUCAGCCCCGAGUCAUCGAAAGAACUGUGGAAGUGGAGCCAGAGAAGCCCAAAGAGAAGGGGAAAAAAAAUUUCAGCUUGCUGUCUUUCGGUGAAGAAGCGGAAGAAGACGAAGAAGAAAUGAAUGCAGUCAAUGAAAUGUACAGGGGCCAGAGCAAGAGCAGCCACGACCUUGCCAACGACCCCAAGCUGAGCUCCGUGCCCGCGGUGGCACAGGACGACCACUUUUCCGAAUCCGCGGCGGACGGCGUGACCUUGGACGCCAUCAAGGGCAAACUGGAGAAGGCGGGCUCGGACAAGAGGAAUGUCGCCAAGAAGGAAACGGCGCCAACCGAGGAGGAAGAUGGCGCCACGAGAGACGAUUCGGAGCAAAAAAGGGAGGAAGUUCGGAAGCAAAUCAAAGAUUUGAAAAAGGAACUGAGGAAGAAAAAGCAAAAGGAGGCAGAAGUAGUCGAAGAAGUUCAAGAAAAGGGUCUGUAUGCAUCUCCAUUUUUGCUCUCACUCAUUAAAAACACGGUUUCUUACAGUGUUUUUGUUUUACAGCCCCUGGUGGAAGAAAACAGUGUCCUGGCCCAAUACCAUAAAACGCACAACGAAUACAGGAACAAGCUGAAGACCCUCCCACAGAAAGGAACUUCCAAUAGGGAAAAGCUCACCCUACAGCUGUUGGAAAAAUUCAAACAGAAAUUGGAAACUGCAAAAGAGCACUUUGAAGAGGACGAAGAGGCGAAAUCCGAUGACGAGAAAGAAGACGACGGAGCUUGGCUGGCGCAUUGCUUCCGAGCAGAGGAGCAGAAGGUGGUGCUGGCCAAAGACGCCAACCUCCCCACUUCCGAGAGAUACGACCUCGACGACCCCAGGAACCCCAUGGUGCAGCGCAGGAGGCACGAAAAGAAGCCCAAGACACAGCACAGGGAGUAGACUGUGU